AUGGAGUUCAUCCCGCCUCCAACUGGGCUGAUACAAGCAUUGUUGGAAUUGAAGCCACCAGUAGACCAGGAAGAUGUCCGCCAAUUGUUGGAGCCACGCGUGGCGGACCUGCACAAGCGCCCCGAUUUGUCUACGCAUGUGUUGCGAAGUUUAGCACGAAGAAGGCGCCAUGACUUAUCACAACAAAUGCUCCAAGCCAUGGCCAGCGCUCAGCUCGAGGCGGAUCUUUGCUGUUUGCUGCCUCUUUCGGGAUUCGGUUUUCGGCUUUCGCUAUUCGGUGCUCGGCCCGUCCUCGGGCUGAUCUCCGCAUCACGUCCCGCCCUCAUGACUUGCCUAGCCAAACUUUGGUCACAUUUGGAUAGGAGUGGCGACGUGCACUUCACUUGCUGCAGACCAUGA